UGCAGACACCGAAGCCAUCAACAACCGAAGAAAGUCCAGGUACAAGAAGGGGAAACCCAGAGACUCCAGGAUUGUAGACAUAGACGAUACCGACGACUGUCACCACCACAUCGUUGGACCAGGCUCUGCUCCGUUGCCCAAGCACCUGGAGAAACUGAUGACAGACCGGCGUCAGGAGGCGAUGACGACGCGCCGAGAGAUAGAAGAACUGAGGAAACAUUACGGACACAACUGGUUACAGGCAAUAGAGGACAGGGGUAUUUUCAACAAGAAACUAGAGCCGGCUAUCUGUGCAGCCCCUACAGCCACGCCUAAAGCUGCCACCAACAACAGUUCAACAGCUGGCCAGGAGUCGCAUGUCAGGUCGAGGUCAGUGGUCAGUCCGGAGACUGGACUGGAGGUUGGCGCCAGUGGCCACCAGGAAGUGGUCAAGGGAGGACCUGUGAGAGGCGAGAAAUCACAUUCCAUGGAUGCUGAAUUCACGGAUCCAAAUAAACCAUUGAUGGCCACGAUAGCUAGAAUAGCUGCUGGUCUGCCUGAGAGUGGAGUCGAUAGAGCAGCCACAUGUACCUUCACGGGGACAAACGUGGCUAACACGUCUCAACUUCCAGAUGUGGUUCCCACCAAACAGGAGGUGCCAGUUCAAACCCAGCAGAGACAGGUGUCGGCCACAGUCUGGUUGCCAGAUACUCAACCAGUAGACAAAAACACGACUCUGGCAGACAAAAACACGACUCCAGCAUACAAGAGUUCCCGCUAUAUCUCUAUCGCACCCAGCAAGAACGGGCAGACGACAGAGUCUGGGAGCAGACGUGACAAUGAAGGUGUGUUGUUGUUGUUUCCUAUGUGUGAGAUCACACUUGUUAAUUAA